GAGAGAGACACGGUAAGUACCAAGGUCCUGAGGGAUAGGAGGGUAGAUAUACCUCAGUGUCUGCUAUAAAAACUACCAGCGCAUGGACCUGCAGAGACAAAGUAACAAUAACAGCCACUUGUGCUCCGAUACAGAUCUCCUAGAGUAGAUCACCUGUGAAAGACAAUAUUUAGGAACAGAACAGCAGCAGACCAACAGCAGACUUACAAAGGGUCAGGAGGGUGUUGAAGUCUAUUUAGAUGCUGACGAGGACCCAGACAAGCUGAACAGAGACAGACGUUCCCAUUUGAGAAAACUCUACAAUGACAGCUGCAGCUCAGGAACUGGACAAGCUAUGUUUCCUCUCAGCCCAGUCCAUGUCCACUCUGGAGACCUCCAACCACUUCCAGAUGGUCAAGCUGCUGGGAGAGGGAUCCUACGGCAAGGUCAUGCUGGCCGUCCACAAGAAGAGAGGCACUCCCAUGGCUCUGAAGUUCUUCCCCCGCCAGUCCACAUCCCUCUUCUCUUUCCUGCGUGAAUACAACCUCUCCCUUUCUUAUUGCACUCAUCCCUCUCUCACCCGGGCCUUGGGUAUCUUCUUUUCCACCCCCUGCUACUACGUCUUCGCCCAGCAGGCUGGUCUCUAUGGAGACCUCUACAGUGUCAUCGUGUCAGAGGUGGGUGUAGAUGAAGAGUGUGUCCAGAGGGUGAUGUCUCAGCUGAGUGGUGCCGUCUCACACCUCCACUCCAUAGGCUUCGUCCACCGGGACAUCAAACCAGAGAAAAUCUUCCUGUGUGACCGCACCUGUCGCUGGGUCAAACUGGGUGACUUCGGCCUGGCCCGCCCCACUGGCUGCACUAUCCGUGCCGUCUGGUACGACUCACCCUUCUGCACACCUGAGGUGGAGCAGGCCAAAGAGUCUGAGAAAGUGAGGGAGCAGAGAGAGGAGGACAGAGAGGAGGAGGAGAACAUUUGGAUCACAGUGGAGACCACUAUAGACAGCUGGGCCCUGGGCGUGCUGGUCUACUGCCUGCUGACGGGAUGCUUUCCCUGGGAAGAGACCACGCACAACGACCCCGCCUACAGGAGGUACAAGGAGUGGUACGACCGCGAGAUGGAGAGGGAGGAAAGGAGCGAGGGACUGAGAGGGGAGCAGGAAGUAAUUUGGUGUGAAGGUGAAAGGGAAAAGGACAAUAUCCUGAGCCUGGAGAUGAAUCAGAAGUCGAACCCUGUGGCCCCACAGUUUGAAGGCUUCAGCCCACUGUUGAUGUCUCUUUUCAGGGAGCUGCUUAACCCACAGCCCAGGCUUCGAGGAGGCCCUGACGAGAUCCUCAGCUACCUGGGUGGGCCCUGGUUGAUGGAGACGGAGAGAGAGGAGAAGAGGAAAGCAGAGGAGGUAGAGAAGGAGGCCAGGAAAAUAAGAGAGGCAGGAACGGUGGAGGAAGGGAGGGAGAGGGAGGGAAGAGGGGAGAGAUAA